CGUGGAUCUCCGUGUGGAGGAACGCCUCUUUGGUGGCUGUGACAGGGAGAAUUAGGCAAGAGAUGCGGGUUCACUUGCCCUGCGUAGGGGCUUAUCUUGGGCUAAGCUGAGGGACUAAUAGCAAAGCCAGCCUCCGCUCCAGCCGGUCUGAGGGCACAGGGAACCAUCUGUCCACUCUGUGGAUAGCUGACAACAAAGGGGGCAAACAUUGAACACGGACUACAAACUAAAAGGCCGUUCAUUUAGGAGAUACGAGAAAAACAGAAGAGGAGCAAGUAUUUUGUAUAUAAGGUGUGGAAUGGCGGCAGAGAGUUCUGUAUUUAUUGGUUUGUAGGGUUUAAAUUAAAGCUUGGAAAACAGAGAGAAUGUCUGACAAGGAAGAAAUGGCUUCAGAUGGGAGUCUGAAUGUUACACUGACACUGAGGCUGCUCAUGCACGGAAAGGAAGUUGGCAGCAUAAUUGGGAAGAAAGGAGAAACGGUAAAGAAAAUGAGGGAGGAGAGUGGCGCUCGAAUCAACAUAUCAGAGGGCUCAUCUCCUGAGAGAAUAGUCACGAUCACAGGACCCACAGAGGGCAUCUUCAGAGCCUUCUCCAUGAUCGCACUGAAGUUUGAGGAGGAUAUCACCGCAGCAAUGACAAACAGCAACGUGACAAGCAAGCCACCUGUGACACUUCGCCUGGUUUUCCCAGGGAGCCAGUGUGGCUCCCUGAUUGGCAAAGGAGGCUCAAAGAUCAAAGAGAUCAGAGAGACCACAGGCGCUCAGGUUCAGGUGGCAGGAGACAUGCUGCCGGACUCUACAGAGAGGGCUGUCACAAUCUCCGGCACUCCACAGGCCAUCACUCAGUGUGUAAGACACAUCUGCUCUGUCAUGCUGGAGUCUCCGCCAAAAGGAGCGACUAUUCCCUACCGUCCCAAGGCCAUACCUGCUGGAGCCCAUGCAGUAUUAGCACCACAACACUCUGCACAAGCCUUUGCAAUCCCAGGGCAGUAUGCCUUUGCACAUCAAGAUUUGACCAAGCUUCACCAGUUGGCUAUGCAGCAUAUCCCCCUCCCUUCCCUUGGGCAGAGCAACCCUACCUUCCCUGGAUUGGAUGCAUCUGCCCCCACAAGUUCACAAGAGCUGGCAAUACCUAAUGAUUUUAUUGGCUGCAUAAUUGGAAGACAAGGCAGUAAGAUCAAUGAGAUCCGCCAGGUCUCUGGAGCUCACAUCAAAAUUGCCAGCGCCACUGAUGGCUCAGCCAUGCGCCAAGUCACGAUCACAGGCUCGCCGGCCAGCAUAAGCGUCGCCCAGUACCUCAUCAACGCCAGCUUAGAGAUGGCUAAAUACACCAUGCAGGCCGCUUCCUCUGCGACCCCCGUUGACCUCAACAUGAGCUUCUCUCAGUCCGCUCCCACUGCCUCCACUGCUGCUACCUCUAUGGCCGUCCUGGCGGCCACCCCCCCAGCCCCCACCAUUAACGUCCACUCUCCCUCCACCUUACAAACCAUCCAAAACCCACAUUACGCCGUCCCCGUUUCCAGCCUGCUUGGCAUGAAAACUCUCCCUCUCCUGGCUGUCCACCCAGCAGCCGCUUCCAGCCUAACUCAGGGUUUAUCCCCUUACACCGCAAAAAUGCCAACCUCCACCAUCAAAAAAUCUGAGCGCCAGAAGUUCGCUCCUUAUUGA